AUGAGGUUGGUGUCCAAAAGAAGAAUCAGAUUUGUUGUAUUUAUUUUGUUCGGUGUCCUCACUGUAUUUAUAAUAUCAAGGUGUAUCGUUCAUUUUCAAUACAAUGAAGAAAUAAAGUACUAUAAGAAGUAUUUCCAGCAGAGAAAAGAUGGGCUUCACGAAAUUUACAACCCAUUAGAGAUUAAGCAGAUACCUGAGAAAACGAUAGAUGAGUUAUAUGCCACCCGUUUAGAUAAAGAGUUGAAGAAUAAUGAAGUUAUUGAGUGGUCGAAGUUUGCAUACGUGAAUUAUGUUACGAACGCGGAUUAUCUGUGCAAUACGCUGAUCAUCUUCAAUAAUCUAAAACAGGAGUUUGGAACAAAGGCCAAAUUAGUUCUUUUGAUAUCUAAAGAUCUGUUAGACUCAAACACUUCUUCAAACGUAGAUUAUAUUAAGUUGCUUCUUGACAAAAUUCAAGCUAUAGAUGAGAGCCAGGUCGUUAUUAAGUUCAUAGACAAUAUUGUGAAGCCAAAGGAUACUACGCCUUGGAAUGAAAGUUUAACGAAAUUACUGGUAUUUAACCAAACAGAAUUUAAUCGUGUGAUUUAUCUUGAUAACGAUGCGAUUUUAAGAUCAAAUUUAGACGAAUUAUUCUUUCUACCCGAUUAUAUCAGAUUUGCAGCCCCGUUAACGUAUUGGUUUUUGUCUAACAGUGAUUUGGAAAAGUCGUACCAUGAAACGCAACACCGUGAAAAGCAACCUAUCAAUCUUGGGUCGUACACAAAAGUGCUAACUAGAAGGAUUGCAAAAGGUCAGAUGAUUUACAACCACUUACCAAGUUUGCCACAUUCGUUGUACUUGGAUUCGAAUAACAUAGCCCAAGAUAUUAUAAGUUCUACAUCAUCUUUAUCGCCGUUAUUCGAUUUCCAAAGUAGUAAAAAGGUUGGAAAAUUAAAAUUUGCUUCUAAUUUAAUGGUUAUUAGUCCUUCAAAGGAGGUAUUUGAUGAAAUUGUCGGCGUUACGCUGCCUAAAAUUUUAAACAAGAAGGAAAAAUACGAUAUGGAUUUGAUCAAUGAAGAAAUGUACAAUUUAAAGAAGAUUAUUUAUGAACAGUUUAUUUUCUUCAGGAAAGUUAGGAAACUUUUCAAGCCGGAGGUGUUGGUUUUGCCGUUUGCAAGGUACGGCUUACUGACGGGGUCGUUGAGAAACCCCCAGCACUAUUCUAUGAUCUAUAAUGACGUUUUGGGCUAUAAGACACUGGACAAAAAUGGUGACGAUAUUCCGGCAGGAUUAAACGGCACUGUUGCAUACUCCAAGUACAUACAUUUUUCAGAUUAUCCAUUAGCCAAGCCUUGGAAUUAUCCAUCAAUGAAGGAGUUUGAAUGUACCGUCAAGGAAGAAAAGGCUAAGGAUCCAGAGCUAGAACACCAAGCUUGUGAUCUCUGGAACUCGGUGUACGCAUCCUACAUACAAUCCAGGGAAAUCUGCUUCGUUUAA